UCCCCAGUGCUUUGCAAGGGUUCAUAUUGCAGAACAGUCAUGUAUGGGUAUUUGUAGUUAUAAAUACUUGACCAGUCUCCAGGGGUGGGGUUUCCAACCCUUUAAACAACCCCGUUGCCUGUUAUCAAGCUGACUUUUUGCUCUAAGUGCCAGAAUUGAUUGUGAUUAGGACAUCUUUUGCUGAGAAAUAAAUAAAAUGGAACAUAAUGGGUCUGCUUCAAAUGCUGAUAAAAUCCACCAGAAUCGUUUAUCGAGUGUUACAGAAGAUGAAGACCAAGAUGCCGCUCUUACCAUUGUGACUGUGCUGGACAAAGUGGCCUCCAUUGUGGACAGUGUGCAGGCAAGCCAGAAGAGAAUAGAAGAGAGACACAGGGAAAUGGAAAAUGCCAUAAAAUCUGUCCAGAUUGACCUGUUGAAGCUUUCACAGUCGCAUAGUAACACAGGCCAUAUCGUUAACAAGUUGUUUGAGAAAACCCGAAAAGUCAGUGCUCACAUUAAAGACGUGAAGGCCCGGGUGGAGAAGCAGCAAAUUCAUGUUAAAAAAGUUGAAGUCAAGCAAGAGGAAAUAAUGAAGAAAAACAAAUUCCGCGUGGUAAUAUUCCAGGAAAAGAUCCGGUGUCCGACAUCCCUGUCUAUUAAAGAGAGAAACCUAACUGAGAACCCGGAGGAGGAUGAGGAGGAGGAUAUCUUUGAUCCCCCAAUAGAUCUCUCUUCGGAUGAAGAAUAUUAUAUUGAAGAAAGCAGAUCUGCCAGGCUUAGAAAGUCAGGCAAGGAGCGCAUUGAUAAUAUCAAAAAGGCAUUUUCUAAAGAAAACAUGCAGAAGACACGCCAGAAUUUUGACAAGAAAGUGAACAGAAUUAGAACUAGAAUAGUGACCCCGGAGAGAAGAGAAAGGCUGAGGCAGUCAGGAGAGAGGCUGAGGCAGUCAGGAGAGAGGCUGAAACAGUCAGGGGAAAGAUUUAAGAAAUCUAUUUCUAAUGCGGCUCCCUCAAAGGAAGCCUUUAAGAUGCGUAGUCUCAGGAAAGCUAAGGAUCGAACUGUGGCGGAAGGUCAGGAAGGUGACAGGGAGAUGGGGGUGGACAUAAUUGCCAGAAGUGAUUCUCUGGGCCCCAUCAGUGAGCUCUACCCUGAUGGGCUCAGUGAACCAGAACAUGAGGCAGCCAGGGCAGCAUAUCCUUCCCGAGAACAGGGGGACAUUCCCACCCCUGAGCCUUUGAAAGUUACUUUUAAACCUCAGGUGAAAGUAGAGGAUGACGAAUCUCUUUUGUUAGAUUUAAAGCAGUCAUCAUAAAGAGGAAUUAAGCAGAUCCUGAGUAUAAAUCUCCUUAAUCAUGCAGUUUUAGUUUGAAUAGUGUAGUCAUUUACAUUUAUAUGCCAUAUGGGAAAACAGAAAUGGUAUGGCUGUUUCAUUUCUUAUAUUUAAAAUCUUGAAGAUAAUAUAAAUAUUAUAUACAUUUCCUUGUAACUUCCUGGGGAAUUCUUUUUUAUCCCCUCCCUGGGCAUAUGUGAUUCUAGCAGCUUUUUCUCUGACAUCACUCUUUCUCAUGGCAGCUGUGAAGUUUUAAGUUCCUUUGUCUUGCCCAUCAGAAAUGUAGUUUCCUAGGUCAGGCCAAUUAGGUGGUUGGUCAUUUGGAACAAAGAAAGGGCAAAUCUGUGGCCAUGAUUUGCAAGUGAACUCUAGAUACUGGUCUGGAUCAAUGUUGUGGCCAACCUCAAAGGGGAAUAACUAACAUGUGGGUUAUAUAGUCCAGAUGUUCAAAUCAAUAGAUGUGUUAGUAAGCUAGCAGUCACACCCCUUUUUGGAUGCUUUUGCAUAAAAAAUUUGAAGUUCUGGACUUGAGCAUUUGGCUCUAGCAUCAUAGCUUUACUUAUAGCACAACAGUUGGCAAGUCACCUGCUUAUUCUCAUCAGUAAAAUGGAGAGAGUUAUCCCAUCCUGCCCAUCGCAGAGGACUGUUGUGAAGACCAGAGGAAACGUUUUACAUUCUGGGAGAACAAGAAGCGCACCCAGAGAAAACAAGCCUCAGUAGUUCCUCAAAACCAGAAUCAAAAUAAUUCCACCUUCUGAAAAAGUCCUUAAGCACUGCUCAGUGAGGUCCUUGGUUGGACAGAAACGAAAGUUUGUCUUCAGAGCAUUUUCACAGAAUCAGGAGUGAAAAACAAAUGUUUGGGUGACCACUUUUUCAUCAAAGACUAAAACCAAACCGUAGGUUUUAGUUGGGUCUUAAAAUUUCCCUGGCAAACCCUUUUCUAAUUUCCUUUUGAUUUAGACCUAUGGUGGACUAUAGCCACAUUUGUUUGAGCAGCGCGAGGUGAAAACAGCAGCUUUGAUGUCCUGUGGCCUUUCUAAAGUCAGCCCUGAUGCACUGCAUUUGGAAAUGACCUCAAAUCUUCUGUUUUCCAGAGUGACCCCUUCAGGGCCCGACGUCUAAAACAGUGUCUGUAGGAGUUCAUCAUAGCUGCUUUGGGAGGAAGCCAGAUUUCCACUUAUCUGUUAGCUUUAGAUCUGUCCAGUCAGGAAGUAGAUGUUGUUGCUAAAGAAAGAGAGAAAUGGUCACACUGGUUUGCCAGUGGUAGCAUGCUUAAAUCUUCUAGUUUUGUGAUAGGGAAGAAAUGAUGGAAUUGUUGAAGUUGAAGAGUUUGGACAACAAUCAGAUCCCACUUUUUCCUCACUUUCAGAUCACUUUUGGAUAAUCAGGUAGUAGUUAAAAAUAAUAAGUAUAUACAUAGAUACACGGGCACAGCUUUAGACUAUUUGACUCAGUUACCCAGAUGUGCGUUUGGAAGUUUAAUUCAGCAUUAUUUCCUCUUCACCCUGCAUGAACACAUAGAAUUGCAAAUCAUUCAUCUUGUUAUUAUAUUGAAAAUUAAAGUGUGUACAACAUUGAAUAAUAUUUUAAAAAGAACUUUUUUUAGAAAGAACUUGGAUGCGAAACUCACAUUUUCUUAAGAGCCAUAAUAAAUUUCAAUUUAAAGAGACAUUAUUACAAAGUUUGAUGCCAAUGUCCUAGUUGUAAAUAUUUUUACAAAUAAUGAAUGCAAACCAUGAAUAUAAAGAAGCUUUUUCUUUUUUCUAGCCCAAUGUAGAAUAAAUAUCAAUUGGGCUAAAAUAGUUUUCUGCAAAUAUUACUGUCAAAGAAUUUUUGUAAAGUCAGUUUGCUUACUGACCCAUUCUGUAAUCAGACUUGACAUUUUAUGGGACAUUUCCUAUGCAGAUAUAUUUGAAUUUUGAUGAGGAAGGAGUUAUAACCUAGCAGCUCUUCAACCUGGUUGACUUUGUGCAACCUCAGAAACACUGAAACAAUAUCAUGUCUCUGGAGGUUCAUUGUAACCUUGUACUGCUUUCUUGGUACUAGUGGGAUUUUCCCUCCAUGUUGCUUCUUUCUCUUGACAUUUUUUUCCCAUAUUUAGGGCAUUCCUAAAUUCCACAAUCAUAAUUUCUUCUCUUUUCACUUUAUUUUCUUAUUGUAAACUUAAUGAGUUGCAAGCAUAUGGGUUCACACAUCCUAUUUAAUGUAAAGGGUAUUCUAGUCAAUGUUCCUUAUUUUAAAAGUUUAAGACAACACAGAAGAGAUUAUUUUACUUAUUUUACUCAUCUGUGUUUUAGAAAUCUUGCAUAUCAGAUUUUAAACAAUUUAUUCAAAUGAAACCAUUAGCAGGAUUUAUCCCCUUUUUUCUGCUGAGGCAGGACAGUGCAACAUCCAUAGAUACCAGGGCGAGGAGCCCACCCUCAGGCUCUUCUACAGAAUAGAUAGAGAAGUGCACAUCUGUCUUAGAGAAAAGGGCAGAUGUGAAACAAUGAUAAAGAGCAUGAAAAUUCAGCUUGCUGACAGUAUACUUGUGGUAUGUGUGUGAACCCCCUUGAGUAAGCUUUCAGAAAAUAAAAAUACAAACCAAAAUAAAAAUACAAACCAUUUUGAGUUCCUUCUUCACCUUCUUCACACAUUAAGGGGUUUGGUUUAGAACAAAGCUUGACAUUCAUGGUGGUUCUAUUGGCUAAAACACAUGGGUCAUGUUAUGUAAAAUAUUCCACAGAACCAUUGUUAACUGUGCAGUUCCAUUAUAUGAAAUAAUGAGGCCUUAUUUUCUUCUGUUUUUUAUAGCUUCUUUUAUUUAACGCUGAUAAGAAAAUUACAGAUUAUGAUCCCCAAAUAGGGAGAAUGACCACGAUGGUCUCAUCCUCAAUUCUGUUUGAAUUUGGGGCAUUCUAGUCACUGGUCUGUCGUGAAUGAAAAAUGAAAUGCUCGUGCUAAAUUUUGUGUGUCAUUCGUGUGACCACCUCUGAGUUAUUUCUGAGAAUUUACAGUUGUCCUUCCCGGGAAGGAUUUAGGAUAACUACUACUUCACUGUAAGUCUCUUAGGAUGUCCACGAAUCCUGUGAGGGUAGAAUACAGUGGGAGAAUAUUCUCGUGCUUUGAAUUUAUUUUGGGCAUCUUCCUAAAAUCCAGCUGUGUUUGCCAAAGGGCCCUCCCCAGACUGCUCCGCCACUUGAUGCCUUUGCUCAUGCUGUAUGUCUGUUUGGAGUUCCACCUUUUCCUUUCAUUCUGGGAGAUGACUUUCAAGUUCAGUGAUAAUGGAAAUUUCCUUGUUUUAGCUUUCCCUGUUCACCUCAUCACCUAGGAAGGGCCAGAUUCCAUACAUACAACAUCUUUACUUACCAAAUUCUGUGAGGCACUGAGGAUUCAAAGAUGAAUAGAAGUUCUCUCCUCUGGCUCCUUCCCAUCCCUUACCUUGGGCUCACAGUGUUCUGGGAGACAGUCGAGCAAAAAAAUUCAGCAGUGUGACUCGUGCUAUGUAUAAGAUGAUGGAACUGUAGAGAUGGAAGAUGUUUAUAUAGCAUUUUGAUCAUUCAUCUGCCCUAGCACUUGGCUCUGCUUUGUAGUUUAUUUGUGUAACUGUCUUCUAGACUGUGCUUCUCAAGGGUAGGAACUGUAUUUUACUCACCUUUGGGUCACCAGCACUUGGAGAGUUUCCCAAGUUUGUGUCAUAAAUCCAGAGAUGAAGGAUGUGUUCCCUUGCACCUAAGGAACUUUCCCCUGGUGGAGAAGAUCAAUGCAUCAUGCUCAGAUUUAGGAAAGGAUGAUAAGGGAACAUAGAGGAAGACUCAGGGAAAGCUAGAGGAAAUGUUGCUUAAAUUAGCAUUUGAAAGGCCAAUAAAAAGUCAACUAAAUAAUAUAGAAAGAAUUCAAGGCAAGUUGCAGCCGGAGAGGUUGUAUGGAGUUGUUCAGAGUUUUAUGUCAAUGGCCAGAGAGCCAUUGAGGGGUUUUAAGCUGAGGAGUGCCAUGAUUGUUGUUUUAGAAAGAAUGCCCAGGUAACAGACCAGAGGCAGAAAGACCAGUCAGUAGGGCCCUUGCAUUUUUCCAGGUGAGAGGAGUAGCUGAACUAACGCAGCAACUGAGCUGUGGAGGGUGUGAACUUGGACAUGGGUUGUGAUGAGGAGCAAAUGAUCGCCAGGCUUCUGACUUGGGCAAGUGGCUGCACCAGUCAUUGAGAUAGGAAAUACCAACACCUCCCCGCCUUUCCCGAUUCUAAGACAGCACUCUUCUGCUGCUCCUCUUAGUCUGUCCUCUGACACCUUGGUUACUAGUCCCUGGGGAACAGAUGGGAACUAUGCCCGUACUGCAGAAGCUCCCACGCUAGAAGUCUAUCUAUUCCAGCUGUUGAGACUCUCACCUAUGCUUGAAGAAAAGCCUGCUUUGAAGUGAUCUUUUCCUGGCUCUAGCAAGCGCCUUGCCCUCUCCACCAGGAUGCCAAAGUCCUUGGGAAGCAAAACUGCCCUGCAGGUGUAAGGCCACUGUGAGAGCUUCUCUCCCAUCUAUAUUUUUGCCCAAGACCAGUUUUCUCCUUGUUUGUUGUGUGGGCCAAAGAAAAACUACUCUUGAUUCUUAGAAUGAAUUGUCAUUUUCUAAUAUCAUUUGUUGUUCGGCACCUGAGGAUUUCAGCCCACGCUGUGCUUUAUUCCAGCUGACACCACAAUAAAAGCUGUUGUCACCUGCUACAUUGGCCAAGGCCAAUUGUCCAGGUUCAUUUAGCUACUCAAAUCAGCUGCCAUGGUGGCCGCAAGAGGCUCAGUCAAUCUCAUCAUGGGCUCUUUGGUUUUAAAUCUAAUCCCUCAGUUUCUGUCAUAUUAGAUCUGAGUCAUGGUAUUAAAAAUGUAUUAGGGGUUCAAGAUGUGCUUAAUGCUACUCAUUCUUCUUCCCCUCCAAAGUUCUGGCUGAUGGAGAGUUCAUAUAAGGAUUGCCAGAAAAAUGGGGAACAAAGUGUCAUCUUUGUUACUGGCUGAGUGGAUGUUUAAGAAAUUCCCCGAAUGUAGGGCAUCUGGUAAAUUCUGUUCUGAGCUGAAAUUUAGAACUACAAAGAGCACCCCAGUCUGAAGAGUUUGGCUCCAUUUCUUACUGUGAGUCUGUUAAGGUUUUUCCUGGCUGAAGUUUGUCCACAGCCUAAUAUGGUAAAACCAGGUUAUCCUAAAAAUCUCAUGGGCCAAUAUUCCUAACUUACCAGGGUCUAAUUCUCAACAAACUGUGGUUGUGUAAAUAUGUUGUUUUAGGGUAAUAUAAACUAUUGAAAUGAGUGUAUUACUUUAAUUGUAUUAUAUUAGCUCCUUCAAGUGGCCACAUUUUAUUUGGACUGUUUCCGUAAGAAGAAGAAAUAAACAGAAUUAUUCAUGGGAUGCUUUUGGUUCUAGUUCAAAGCAAUAGAGAAGAUUUCAGAGGGAAACAUUCAUAUGCUGUCAACUGUCAAGAAAUAGGAUUAAAUUUUCUUUAACAGGAGAGAAAAUAAUAAACCAUAGGUUGUAGAUUGAUGAGGAAGAUGUACCAAAAUAUCCUCUACUUGAAACUCAUGCAUCUUUCUCACAUAAAAAGAAAUCACUGGCAUUUCAGGCAAACCUUUGUUGGAGAGUAAAAUCACUUAAGAUUUACCAGUUAUUCUCCCAUAUUAAAAAAAAUCAUCUUCCAAUGAUAAUCUGCUUAAGCAUCUCCUCUCCCCCUUUUUGUUCUUUUCAGGAUGACAGCUGUGGAGGUAGAGGGGCUGGGAAAAGGCUAAAAUUGGUUAGGAUCCAAAGGAGCCUGUGAUUUACUCCGGCAGUUUGCUGGAAACCAAGCCACAUGCAUAUCAUAGAUUAUUUUUUCUGAACUUCUCUCAAAAUUUUGUAUGGAAAGGACUAUGAUAAUUACAUUUUUUCAGGGGCAUGAGUUUUAGGAAUGGGGAGAGCAGACAUGGGAAUCAUGAAAUUUAAUUAUGAGUCUUCUGGGCAAAAAACCAACUCUCAAGUUGGAAUUAAAGAUCAAAGGCAGGAACACUCUAAAUAGUGCAAGUUGAAUCUGGAGAAGUGUAAAGGUGAUCUCCGUUGUCACUGAGGACAAAGCAAAAUAAAAUGGGGUUUCAAUGCAGGAGAAGAUAAUUGGGUUGUCCACAAAGAAAGGCUCCUAUUCUCCAGAAACAUCUCCCUCCAUGGAGCUUUUAAGAAUUGAACAAUUUUAUUUGGAGGCAGGGUAGUAAAUUAGGUUUCUAGAGAUGAAUGCUGCAUGCUUUAUGUCUCUGCUGUUCCACCGUUUUUCACAAGGGUAGUCAUGACUGUUGUAUUCAAACCUCUUUUUUAAAGCCUUUUUAAAAAUUUACUUAUUUUUAUUUCUUAGAGAUGGGGUCUUGCUCUGUCGCCUAGGC